UAGAAAAGAAAUUAGAAAUCGACAGGAACCAGGAAAUGGCCGACCUCCUGGCCUAACUUUGUUUACAAGUUUCUAAAGUUGUGGAAAGUGCCGCAAUGAGCUAACAGCGGCGGUGAGGCUCGCUGGAUAUUUUUUUUGUAUCUAUUAGAAGUUGCUUUGGCUAUAGCCAGAGCCUGUCACCAUCUUCAAGAUGUUGAAAGAGAGAGAUUUGGAUAAGGCGACCAUCGAUGCCUACCAUUAUUACGUGCAGCGGGGUAUAAGAAAUGAUUUGAAUUCGGUGUGGCUGGGACCAGGGAAAUUGCCGUUCAGAGCAGCCAUUGCCUUGAUCGUUUUUGCCCUCUGUUGCCUGUUAGUGGGCGUCCUGCUAGUGGCACUGCGUAUGAGACAUGUCUACCUAUGGGACUGGGACUCACAGUUCCUCGGCCCUUUCUUCAUCAUAUUAUUUUUGCUCUGCAUGGCCGGGGCUUCAUAUCUUUUCAUCAUUGCCAAGCGAAGAAGCAACAAGUAUCGAGCUGAGCUCUAUUUCAAGCCAGUAGGAGACUGGGGCAUCAACUGUGUGCACAAGAGCGAGCUGGCUAGGGAGGAGGAGCUCAAACACGAGCUCAAAUCUGGAACUACACCACAUAAGACAGUCAAGCCAAGAUCAGAAGCAUAUUCUCAGUCAAGUCGCGAUCACAGACGCGGACACAGGAACGGCAAAGACAACCAAGGCUAUGACAAGAGCCCACUGGACGCUAACCGCCAGUUCAGACCAGACGAGCAACGGAGGAGGGGUCCACCGCCCCCUGAUGGCCGGAGGGGGCCACCACCUGAGGGGUACAGGGGCCCUCCUCCCCCAGAUGGAGCUCGCAGAGGCCCUCCUCCAGACGGUCGACGCGGCCCGCCCCCUGAUGGUUACCGAGGACCUCCCCCUGAUGGCAGACGCGGACCCCCUCCGGAUGGCUACAGAGGCCCCCCUCCCCCCCAAGGCCAGCGCGGACCACCUCCCGAUGGCUACAGAGGCCCCCCUCACCCCCAAGGCCAGCGCGGACCACCUCCCGAUGGUUACCGCGGACCUCCGCCCGGAGGUGACAGGCCUAGAGGCCCCCCACCUGCUUACAGAGAGGAGAGAGGAUCUCCCCCGAGUCGCAGGUCCCCACCUCCUGGACGAAGGUCACCCCCUCCCGGAAGAAGGUCGCCCCCUCCCGGAAGAAGGUCACCGCCCCCCAAUGGUCAGAGGGGACCAGAUGACCGCCGCCCACCCCCACCACAAGGAGGCGGGGCUCGGAUACCCCUGGAUGAGGAGCAAGGUCGCCGCCCGAGGGGCGUGCCUCGGUUUGGCGGUGUGGAGAGGAUUCCUGACGAGGAUCGUCGAGAUUUCAAGCUCAUCUUGAACAAGUCGCGGGAUGAAUCGGACAUCUGAACAGCAACAACAGCGUUACGUGCAGUGUAGAUAGUUCCCUCUUGUACAUUCCCAUUUUACUUCUAUCAUGAGAGAGUGAAAAUGAACCAAAAAUUUAUGACCAAUUUUUUAAAGCUUGAGGAAUAGCUAUAUAUUUGAAAGGAAAUUCAUGUUGUAUGUGAAUGUGAAUUUCUUAGUUUUUAUUUCAGAUUUUAACUUAUAAAUUAAUACCACUUUAUCACUUUGCCGCCUCAUUUCACUGAUUGGCGAUGUUUAUCACUCAGUUUUCUUUGGAUUUUCCCCAAAAUAUGAUGGCAAAGUGUUAAAGGUUCAGUAUAAUAACAAUAGUGCUUUUAGGCAUGGUGUAAAAAAUUUUUUGGAAGUCUGGAGUAUGCCAUGCCUGUUACAAUCGAGAUUUGAAUGAAGGGUUGGUUAUUGCGAUCUAAACUAACCACCCUCCAGACACAGCAUUGUGCUUUUUAAACUGGAAUAUAAAUAAUCGACCCUGUACAAUUUUUCUUACAGACACUGGCAGAUUGUCAUUUGUUAUUCUAUCUUCUCUUGAAAAUAACAUCUUAAAGGCCUCUGUACCAGCCAGUUGUCUUCUUUGAAGCUAUAGUAGUGUGUUUAACUUAGUUCAGCUGUAUUUUGAUGCAUUGUUAUGAAAGAAAUUGUUCAUUUGAAACUGUUGUUUGAGCGGUUGUGCUAUUCGGUACAUUAUAUGGAGUAUGCUAAUCAUUAGCUGUCAUGUAACCAUUUUUGUACAUUACUCAUCGAAACGUAGUAACCAAAUGUCCAUCUAUAUUUUAUUAGCAUUUUAUACUUUUGGCCAGACAUUCCAUAAAUCGCAGCAUUCCAAACAAUGUCCGUUUAAAAAAAAAAUCUUGACUGAGCAACUUUUGCGUUUGUAAUAUACCUUGACAAAGAAUAAAUGGAAUAGUCACUGUGGCAA